AUGAUCAUGAGGCGUGCCUUACUCUUGGGCCUGGCCCAGGCGCAGUUGCAUUUCGCUUCGUUGGGCAACUGGGGUGCUGGGAAUGCGCAGCAGCACGCGGUGGCUCGUUCAUUGAAGGCGGCAGCGGCGAAUCCACCGUUGUCAUUUGUUGUAUCUCCGGGCUCUAACUUCAUGGAGGGUGUGGCGAAUCUAGAAGACGCGCGGUGGUAUAAGGAGUUCCGUGACGUAUACAGUGGACCGGAGCUGAACUGUCCGUGGUUUGUGGCACUGGGCGGACAUGACUGGGACGGGAACGUUACGGCGAUGGUGCUUCGGACGAAUGCGACGUAUGGACACUUCACUCGCGUGCGCGAGAUCGAAGAGGAAGACCCACUGCGAUACACGGAGGACCGCGGUCCACGCUGGACGCUGCCCAACUUCUUCUAUCAUUACACACAGACCUUUACGGACACGAGCUCCGCUUCUGCCCUGAUGUCGGCGCCCGAGGUAUCUGUAUUUUUUGCGUUCAUUGAUACGCGCAUUCUCGGUCAGGGCUUCCCCGUCCCCGGCGCCACGGAGCGGCACUGGGAGGAGCUCAAGCAGACGCUCGAGGCCGCCUCGAAAUCCUACGAUUGGCUCUUCGUGGUCGGUGACGAAGCCAUCUACAGCAGCGGCCGGAGCGGUGGCAGCAAAUAUUUGAGAAAACACUUACGGGAGCUUCUUCGAAGUAACCUUGUGGACGCCUAUAUUGCUGGUCGCGACAGAGAUAUGGAGGUCAUUGAGGACGGCUCGCUAUCCCACAUCAUGUGCGGCAGUGGCAGCGGCGGGCGCGCGGGCAAGUUCUUUGCGCACGACGGCAGUAUCUACUGGACAAAGCGCCCUGGGUUCUGCUAUCAUACGCUAACAAAGAACAAAUUCACCACCCAAUUCAUUGACGGACUCAACGGCAAGACACUGCACGCUUUCACUAAAAAGCGCAACAUCAAGAACGAUGCUAAAACAGAUAAACUUAAACACCUGACACAGAUCCCGCGGGUCAAAUACAUACCCAUGCCCGCCGGCAUUGGCGGUGCACCCGGCGGUGGAGUUUACCGCACACCUAACUCCAUUUUCGUUAUCGUCUGCGGCACCAUCGGACUGCUCAUCGCUUCCAUGAUCCUCACUGCGGCCACGGCUGUCAGUAACACACGCGUUUCCCGUUGGACCGGAGGCGUCCCCUACCCUUACAACGACCUUACAGGCGGCCAGUCCAGCGUUAAAAGCACCACCACCACGACCACCACCAAACAAACCACCGUUGCCAAUGUGUGA